AGUUCCCUUCUCUUCCCUUCUCUCUUCUGUUCUCUCCAACCGUCCUCCUCUCCGGUGGUCCUUCGUCUUCGGGAGUCAGCAUCACGCCCUCUCCGACCUACAGCACAGGACUACGCGCAGCCCGACAGAGGAACAUGUUGCUGCAGAAACCGCUUGUUUGGAUCUUGUCAGUCCUGUGCGGUACUGGUGUGUGUUCAGGAUUUGUCUACGACCGGCCCAAACGCUCUGGAGAGGACGGGACUUCAGCCAGGACAGAUUCUCGCCCCGCGUCUCAGUACGCGCCGACCUCCGGCUCCUGCAGGAACAGGUGUUUUGAGCUGGUUGAGUUGGAGCCACCGAACUGUCGCUGUGACAACCUGUGUAAGACCUACAACGGCUGCUGCUCGGACUUCGAUCAGCUCUGCCUUAGGACAGAAGGAGGUUAUGAGUGCAGUAAAGAUCGUUGUGGGGAGACUCGAAAUGAACAACACGCAUGCCACUGCUCUGAUGACUGUCUGGCCAGAGGAGACUGUUGUACCAACUACAAGACACUGUGUAAAGGAGACUCUUCAUGGCUUCAAGAUGAUUGUGAGGAGAUCAAGACGGCUGAAUGUCCUGCUGGGUUUGUUCGCCCUCCGCUCAUCAUGCUGUCAGUUGAUGGAUUUAGAGCUUCUUACGUGAAGAGAGGAAACACUGUCAUACCCAACAUCGAGAAACUGAGAACAUGUGGAACCCAUGCUCCAUACAUGAGGCCUGUUUACCCUUCCAAAACUUUCCCCAACCUCUACUCACUGGCUACGGGUCUCUACCCAGAGUCUCAUGGAAUCAUUGGCAACUCCAUGUAUGACCCGGUGUUUGAUGCCACCUUCACCCUGAGAAGCAGAGAGAAACUCAGUCAUCGCUGGUGGGGAGGACAGCCAAUCUGGAUCACAGCGCUGAAACAGGGAGUGAAGGCUGCCACCUUCUUCUGGCCUGUUGCUAUCCCAUUGGAGAGGCGGAUACUGACCAUGCUGCAGUGGCUCCACCUCCCUGAAGGGGAGAGGCCCUACGUUUACGCCAUGCACUCUGAGCAACCCGACACGUAUGGACAUAAAAUGGGGCCCAUGAGCAUAGAAUUGAACAACCCUCUGAAGAUGAUUGACAGAAUUGUUGGCCAACUGAUGGAUGGACUUAAACAGAUGAAACUGCACCGCUGCGUCAACAUCAUCCUGGUGGGAGACCAUGGUAUGGAGGAGGCCCACUGUGAUCGCACCGAGUUCCUCAGUAACUACAUAACCAGCGUUGAUGACAUUAUCCUCGUCCCUGGGUCUCUAGGCAGAAUACGCUCAAGAUACCCCAACAACCCUAAAUAUGACCCCAAGGCUGUUGUUGCAAAUCUAACAUGUAAGAAGGCGGACCAGCACUUUAAGCCGUACUUGAAGCAGCACCUGCCUAAGAGACUGCACUAUGCCAACAACCGACGCAUUGAAGACAUUCACCUGCUGGUGGAAAGGAAGUGGCACGUUGCCAGGAAAGCUCCUGAAGGGAAGAGGCACUGUGGCUUCUUUGGUGACCACGGAUAUGACAAUAAGAUCAACAGCAUGCAGACUAUUUUCUUGGGGUAUGGACCUUCGUUUAAAUUCAAGACUAAAGUUCCAGCCUUUGAAAACAUUGAGCUUUAUAAUGUCAUGUGUGAUCUUCUGGGUCUAAAAUCAGCUCCCAAUAAUGGAACCCAUGGUAGUCUGAACCACCUUCUGAGAAGCCCCCCCUACAGACCCACCAUGCCAGAGGAGGUUUCCAGGCCUGCGAUCUCUGGUCUUGUUCCUGCAGGAGCAGAUGACCUGGGCUGCAGCUGCGAAGACAAGUUGCGUGUAAAAAGUAGGGGCCAGAGAGGUUUGAAAGUGACCCUUGUACGAGGCUAUAACCUGGAGUCACUCUGGCUCUGUCUCUUACAGAACAAAGUGGAGGAGCUAAACCAGCGACUGAGGCAAGCUAUUGAUGACAGCAGGAACCUGCCGUACGGUCGACCUGCUGUUCUCUUCCGCACCAAAUACUCCAUCCUCCACCACAGUGAUUACAUCAGCGGCUACAGCGAGGCUCUCUCUAUGCCUCUCUGGACGUCAUACACGGUCAGCAGACAGGUAGAAGUGUCUCCACUGCCUGAAGCUCUGUCCAACUGUGUGAGACCUGAUACCAGAGUUCCUCCAGCCUACAGUCAGUCCUGUACCAACUACAGAGCAGACAAACAGAUCACCUACGCCUUCCUGUACCCACCACAGUUAUCAACCACAGACAAAAAGUAUGACGCUGUCCUCAUCACCAACACCGUUCCCAUGUAUCCUGCAUUCAAGAGAAUUUGGGGUUACUUCCAGAGAACGCUGGUGAAGAAAUAUGCCACUGAGAGAAAUGGGGUGAACGUGCUCAUUGGACCAAUAUUUGACUACGACUAUGAUGGUGUCAGGGACAGCGCUGAGAAGCUAAAACAGUAUGUAGGCGGAACGAUACCCAUCCCCACACACUACUUUGUGGUCCUGACCAGCUGCUUAGACUUCACACAGGCUGCAGACUUGUGUAGCGGCCCGCUCAGCAGCGCUGCCUUUAUCCUGCCACACAGACCCAGCAACGACGAGACCUGCAGUAGUUCAGAGGAGGAGUCUCGCUGGGUGGAGGACCUGAUGAAGAUGCACACAGCUCGAGUAAGAGAUGUGGAGAUCCUGACGGGCUUGGACCUGUAUCGCAGAACCACCCGGAGCUACGCUGAAAUCCUCUCGCUCAAGACCUACAUGCACACCUACGAGAGCGAGAUCUGAUCUCCGCUGGCUCAUUUAACGUUAAUGUUACUGAUCUUUUUCAACCGUGGUGGAUGUAUGUGGUACAAGGAAGAGAUGUGAUCAUCUCUAUUAAACUGACCUACACCAGCUUUAGCUCUGGCUGGAUGCUGUGGCUGCCGUAUGAAGCUACUCUGCAGCAUCCAUGUUGUGGGCUUCUCACUGAGCAUUUGGAUCAAUUAUUCAUUAAUUUAAACACCACAGAGCCACUAGCCGUGAUAGUUUCCACUUUACUCUGUUAAGCAUUAGGAAAGCAAAAACGUUCAGCGUUACUGUUUUGUGGUUCACAUUCAAUGAAGUGAUAUAAAACUGAAAGAAACCUAAAUUCUGUUUUAUUAAACAGGGCUUUACUGCUAUUUACGAAAGAGCACCAUGGCAGCACAAGAUAAACUACAUUUUAAUGUUGCGCCACAAGAUCAAAUAAUAAUGCGGGAUAUUUUGUUGACAGUGUAUUUUAGUUGUGCACUUUCCAAAUAAAUUCAUCAAAACACCAAAAACCAAGUGACACACAGUGAACCGGGGUCUUUUGGGGCCCCCUGAGGGUCUGUCUACACAUAGUGUUUCAACACAUUCCCAAAUAUUGAAAUUUUCAUCUUGUGGCAGCCUUAACGUUACACACAGGUCUUCCAUAACGUAAUUUACAUAUAUUACAGAUGUACCCUUGAUAAGAUAAAACAUUUCAUUCUUUUCUAACGAACAAUAUUCCAUGUGUGUAAAAAAAACAAUACACAUUUCAAAGAUGUAAAAGAAUCUUUGAUUGCACUACAAAGCUGAAAACAGAAUCCGUCCACUUCAGUAUUAAGAUAGGGUUGCUAAAGAGCAAUGAGUGCCUUUUUUCAGUUUCCUGCAUGACCCACUCUGUUUGACAUGAAUUUCCUCAUUACACUGUGCCUGCAACUCCUUUUAAUUAUGUACAGUGUUUUUUUUUUAAUGAAAUGAUAAUGCAAUGUUGUUGUUUGUGUGAGUGUGUACAGUGUGUGUGUGUGUUGAAUCCAAGACAUAUUUUGUUUGUGUUUGACUGUGUGUGUGUUGUGAUGUUGACUUUUUGUUCUGUGCACAAUAACAAUGAUGUCAAUGUUGAUGAUUAUUAAUGCCCCCCCCAAAAAAUUCGCCACCUGUGAAACUGACCUAUUUAUGCUUUGUGUAAAUGGCAUCACAAUAAACAAGCGUUUUUACUAAAUG